UCUGGCAGGUCUCCUCCAGGGCUGCCACACUGUCCCCUGGGGCUGGGAGUGGUGUGGGGGGCUGAUGGUCUCAGGGCCCUCAAUCAGGGAGUGGAACUUGAUUUCACAUGAAAAGGAAAAAGAAAUCUAGCCGGCUCCUAAAGAGAGGCUCUGGACACAGCCAGGCUCCAGUUCCCAAGAGACCUUGGCAAGGAGGGCCCAGCUUCUCUGCACUGUCUGGUAGGCCUUCAGCUCUGGGAGUUCAGCUCUCUGUAUCCCCUAGAGCCACUCUCCAUUGUACAACACCCAGCAGCAGGAAGAACUGAAGCAGAGUUUGACAUCCAGGCAGCGUGGACUCCGUCCAGAGACAGAGAAAGGUGAUCUGCUACGAUCAGGCAGCCUUCUCAGUUCUCCUGAGUCAUUCCAGAAGACCCAGCAUGUCAUAAGGUCAACGUUUUCAUCUGCGAACUCAAAUGCUUUGUCAACCCAUUCUGCCAGGGACUAUAAUAUUAUAGUGUGGAUAUGUGUCUGGACGUAGCAGUCUUGGGCAUUGCUCUCCAUUGUUCCUCAGUAGUCAGGAGAGACGCAGUUGCAGUUUCACGGGGUAUUGGCUCUGGUGCUGGAUGGAAGAAGAUCAGCAUUGGGAGAGUUCAAAAUCACCCCAAAAGAAAACAAAACUAGCUGAAAUCAAGAAAAAGAAACGUGUUAGGUUUCUCUUACCUCACCAAACUGAGAGAAAAAGAAGACCCUCUUCCCCUCGAGAUGCAGAUCAGGAGAUGUUCACAUGUGAAUGCUGCUACUGUCAGAAGGAUGUGGGGAACAUGUCUGGCGUCUCCAUGGGGAUGGGGACCACGACAGAAGCAGCCUCUCAUUCACCCUCCUGUGAAAAUCUGAUACUAGACCUCGGUAACUUGUCACUCAACCCUGAUACCACCCAGCCCACUCUUGUGCAAGAAAUACAAAACAGAGAAAAGAACAAGACGCAUUGGCAGCAGAAAAGCAAAAAGUCGUUUCAAAGGCUUCUCCACGAAUGGACAGAAUAACUCUGGCAUUGUUAUCCUCAUGUGAAGAAGAUCAGAACCUACAGGAUCAUGAAUGUCAACAACACCAAACCCUAGGGUGAAAUCUUUUUGGGAGCACGGUCAGAAGGAGUAAAAGUGUCCAGCCUGGUGACAAUAAUAUCUUCAGAUGGCGAGUUUCAAACCUAUUCCAGAAAUGUAACAGUCGUUUUCUUAGUGGUUUUGGCAUCCCCUCUGGGGCAUUCUGGGAACAGAUGCUCCUUGGCUAGGGCAACCAGAUAGCGAUGGUUCUGUACUCCCCAUGCUGUUGUUCCCAUGGGGCCAUCUACCAAUUUCCCCUCCUCCGGUCUCGGCUUUUCCUCCUUUACUUUGGUGCCAAUAAAGUUAGAACAUCGA